UUCAAACUAACCUUUCAAAUAAGCCCCAGUAUUUCGCAGAAGAAGCAACUAAUGAUUAAUGUUAACGAGUGAUUUAUAUAGAAUAAUAAGUUAGUUUCUUGUAUAUUUAAAGUGAUCGAUCAUAAAUAUUGUCUACGUCGUCAUGGAGCCCCAAGAUAUUUAUUACAAUAUAGCUGAAUACGUCGAGACGGCUUCGGGAAAUAAAGUGAGUAGACAGACUGUUCUUUGUGGAUCGCAGAAUAUAGUACUACAUGGAAAGGUAAUAGUACAAUCAGAUGCUAUAAUCAGAGGGGAUUUAGCAAAUGUAAAGGUUGGUCGAUACUGUAUUAUUAGCAAGAAUGCUGUAAUACGACCACCUUUUAAAAAAUUUAGUAGGGGAGUUGCCUUCUUUCCGUUAACUAUGGGUGAUCAUGUAUUUGUGGGAGAAAGGGCUGUUGUCAAUGCUGCACUUGUCGGUUCAUAUGUAUACAUUGGAAAAAAUGCAGUAAUAGGGAGACGGUCGAUAUUAAAGGAUUGUUGUUACAUUGAAGAUGGCGCGGUAGUACCGCCAGAAACAAUAGUUCCAUCUUUUACUAGAUUUUCUGGAAGUCCUGCUGUAUGUAUAGAGGACUUACCCGAAUGUACUCUUGAUCUUAUGUUAGAUUUUACAAAAAAUUAUUAUCAACAUUUUUUACCUGCACGAAUGUAAUAUAUAAAAAUGUAUAUAUGUUAAUUUUGUAUUUAUAUUAUUUUAUAUUUCUUUUUUAUAAUAUAAUUAUUUAUAUUGCUAUAGAGUUAAAGCACUAAUUACCAAAUAAUAAUGAAUUCAAGAGAAAAUAUAGGCAAUAAUUUUUCAAGUA